CUCCCGGCCCGGCCCCCUCGGCGCGGAGGAAGGCAGCGGCAGCCCCGGCUGUCAGCCCUCUCCAGAGCCGCGGCGGAGACACCCUCCUCCGCGCCAUGGAGCCGCAGGCACAGGGCCUGUUGGAAACGCAGUCUUUGCAUGAAGCAGAUGAAGAUGUGGUCACUGACGUUGAUUUCAACAGUAUGAUUUCUGAAGAAGAAAAGGAGGAGUUAAAGAUUGAGCUAGCCAAGCUAGAGGAUGAAAUUUCAACUUUGCGGCAAGUGCUAGCAGCCAAAGAAAAGCACCUGGUUGAAAUUAAACAAAAGCUUGGCAUAAGUCUGAUGAAUGAACUGAAGCAGAACUUCAGCAAAAGCUGGCAUGAUAUGCAGACAACUUCUGCUUACAAGAAAACGCACGAGACCCUGAGCCAUGCAGGACAAAAGGCAACAGCAGCUAUCAGCAAUGUAGGAACUGCUAUCAGCAAGAAGUUCGGGGAUAUGAGAUCGCAUUCAAUUGGUUACUCCAUUCGCCACUCCAUAAGCAUGCCUGCCAUGAGGAAUUCUCCAACUUUCAAAUCGUUUGAGGAGAAGGUUGAGACGACUGUCACAAGCCUUAAGACCAAGGUGGGUGGGACAAGCCACCCAGGGGGCAGUUUUGAAGAAGUCCUCAGCUCUGCAGCCCACGCCAGCGCUCAGAGCUCUCUGGCUGGCACCCGACUCCCCGAGAGUGAAGAAGAGCUUCAGUGUUAGAGCCCCAGGCCCUCCUGAGCCUCACCUCCCUCUCUUCAGAGACUGAUGACCAGCCAGUGAUUUUUAGACCUCCCUUCGCCACCCAACUUGUGCAACAAGGUUUGGUCAGCUUUGGAAAACGGCUUCCCUGGCUUUGUGCUGGGGAAAUGCUUCCUAUUUGUAUUUUGUAACCACAUACAAGCCAUUGACUUACAAUGCUCUAAAUUCUAUGUUAAGUGACCAAAAUAGUUUUUGUUUUCCUGUAAUUUCCCUCUAACAAUCUCCCAGCCUCUGUUUCUUAUUUCUUUUCCUUUACUGUUUUCCAUCUCCCCUCUCAGUGCCACAUCAGACAGAUGGACCUAGAGCUGUGCAAAGGUUGCUGCUGCCAGCAGCAGCCCAUGUACCAGCUGUCUACCAGCCACACCAGGUGCCCUUUGCUCAGGAGUCUCUGUACAUGAUCUAUUUCCUAACGGAAUUAAAUCACUUACUGUCACACAAAGUUUUUUCUCCUUCACUGGCACAGUCUGGCAUUGCCCUCCCCUCGUUAGCCAGCAGAGCUGAGGACAGGAAGAGACCCCCAGUUAUUCAUAGAGAAACUGAACCGCUCAGAGCUGCUGAUUUAAGACCAUCGUUGCAGCUGGAAAGGCUUCAGUUUAAAAAUAUUUUCCCUUGCUUGCUCGCUGUGGUUUGGUAAGAAUUGACAGGAGAAGUUAAUCACAAAAGAAAGCGGAGCGGAGGGAACCUCUAAUAAUUUUGCCUCCGUGUCUUCCCCUCAAACAUAAGGGAAGGUAAAUUUCUGAGCCUCAGUCAGGAUACGGCCUUAAGUGAGAGAACACAAACCCCAGCAACUGGCUGAAGACGUGCCAUAGGCCAGAGAGCCCCUGCCUUCAGGCCGCAUUUCAGAGCUGCUGAAAUAUAAACCCUGUGAUCCCACCACACACAGGAUGGGUAGGUACUUACUUCACUUUGGCUCUCAGAUUUUCUUGUGCUUCACUCCAGAACGUAACUCCACCAACCGCGUGGUAUCUGCUCCAUCACCAGGAGCCAGUCGUGGCUCAGCUUUGCUUCAGCAUGUUUUCCUGCCGCCUUUUAACAUUUUUUUUUUUAGUAAGAGCAGCAACUUGUGACACUCUCUUGCUGUCUAGUGAGCACGUGCCAGUCUGCAUGCUGCAACACUGGGUUCACCAGACUGGGAUGAGCGUAACUUUACUCACAGAAGUACAAACAAGAUGGAAAACAGUCUGGCUACUUGCAAAAUGGAUGCUUUCUUUUUUUAAGCAUAAGCCAAAGCUUCAAAUCGGUGUUAGUGAAUCAAAACGUUACAGACUGCUUAAAAUCUUGUGAGGAAACUUGGCUUUAAGUGAUUUUUUUUUUCCUGUGUGGCUUUUGUUAUAGAUUUUACAAAGUCAGAAGUCCUUUUGUAAUGUUCUACUGGACAUAAGUUAACUUUGGACAUUUAUAUCAAAUGUCUCUUUAGUGCAGUUUUUUUUAGCAUGGAAGCAAACCUAAUUCUUUAAGUAGUUUUCUUCUAAUAGUUUGCUAGCUUAUUUUAUGUGGGUUUGUGCAUAAAUGUGAAUUUAUUUAAAUAAAGUACUACUAGUCAACUUA